AUGAAAAACUCAAACGAAAAAGUAAAUCCAGUUGAAAAUACUUUGCGUAAUAAGAGUGCUAGAGGUCGUUCUAAAAGUCGAAGCGGACGUAAAUCAGAAUCGUCACUUGGAAAAUCAGCGGAAAAAAGUGGCAGCAAACAUUCUGAUGCAGUGGAUGGGUCAUCAUUGGCAUCAAUCAUAGAAAGUCACAAACCAUUAGAUAUAUUCAUUCAAAAUGAACUAAUGCCUAAUUGCACACCGAUAUUUUUAUCAAAAUCAACACAACAGAUAUUUAAUAUUGUAACUGAUGAACAAAUUACCAAAGAAUCACCAAUCAUUUUAUUGAACAAAUCUGAUAUACUUAAAGAUUUACAGUUACGUGCAGCUAUAUCAGACUUCAGUGUACAAAAAGUUGCAAUAAAAAAGUAUCCCGGUUCUGAUAUUUUGUUAAUUUAUGAUGCAGAUUAUAAAUUUGGUGAAAAUUUUGUCAUUGUCUUAUCUGAAGAGACAAAAUCUCUUAUACUGAAUCCAGUUAAACAAGCAGUUGACGGUCAGUCAGAACAUGAUGGUGAUGGUGAUGAGAAUGAUGGAAGAAACGAUGAUGAGGACAAGAUAGAAGAAUACAAAGAGGCCAGUGAUUUAUGUUUUCUAUUCAAAUCGAGAUCAGAACAUGGUUGGAUUGAAUUAGGUUCAGAAAACGAAAUUGCCGAAAUGAAUACUUUCGAAACACGUUCAAAAGUGUAUACAAUUUUUCAAAGACCACGUAAAGAAUUUGGUAGUGUAUUACAUUUACAAGAUGAAAGUGCGACAAAGAAAGGUUGUUCUGAACAUAUUUUAUCACGUGAAGAUGAAUCAUUUAAUAUACCUAUAAUGGAGUUAGAUAAAUCAGCCACAAAUUGUGAAACCACAUGUGAUAAAGGUAUUAAUACAAAUUGGAAAUAUCCAAAAAAUGCUUUCACUCAUUAUGUUCCUAGAAUGUUUACAUCUGAUGAAUUAAAACAUUAUUAUCAUGAAAAUAAUGAUGCUUUACGUAAUAUAUCGAAAUUAUACACACUAUUUGAACAAAGUUUAUUAGAAAAUGAAAUGUACAAUUUUUUAUCAAAUGAUUAUGAGAAUUUACCCAUUGGUGAUGAAACUUAUGAUACAAGAAGUGACAAUACAUUCAAAGAAUUUCUAUCAUUUACUGAUUUAAAAUUUAGUAAAAAUAAAGCUAUUACAAUGAUUCAAUGGCAUCCAAAUAUUAAAGGUAUUAUUGCAACAUCUAUUAGUGAACGAAUAAUUUAUGAUCAACGUAUUGAUCAAGCAUCACGAAUUCUUUUACAACCAACACAUAUUAUAUUAUGGAGUUUUAAUGAUCCAUUAAAGCCUCAAUUAUUAUUACAUGCACCAGAUGAUAUUAUGUGUUUUCAAUUUAAUCCAACUAGUCCGAAUUAUAUAGCUGGUGGUUGUAUCAAUGGACAAGUAGUUCUGUGGGAUAUUGAAAAACAUAUUGACGAUUUAACUAAUGUUAAGUUGCGAUUGAAACAAAAUAAUCAAAUGCCUUUAUUUGUUUUUGAUGAGAAUGAAUUAAAUAAAGUAUCAACAUCACAUUAUUCUGCUCUAAGUAAUAUUGAAUCAUCACAUAGUUCACCAAUCAUGGAUUUGAAAUGGAUACCGGAUCAUAUAGAAAUUAAUCGGUUAGGAUACUGUUUUGAAAAUCAUGCACAGAAAUGUGUUCAAUUAAUGACAUGCGGUUUAAAUGGUGAAAUAUUACUAUGGGAUAUACGACCAGAGAAAACACCAUUAGCUAUAAACAAAACAAGUGAUUCAAUUAAACGACCAAAUAAUGUACCACUAACAUUUUCGACACUGGAUUUGAAAUGGAAACCAUUAUUAAGGAUACAUUUAUAUACAAACGAUCCAGUUAAUGACCAUGUACCAAUUAAGUUUUGUAUACGUGAAAUGCAAGGAGAUCGCAGAUUGCUAACGUCUAACACAAAAGAUUCCAGUAUCAAUAUAACUGACAACUCAUCUAAAUUACUCCCACUUCCAAACGCCGACACACAUAUUUAUGCCGGGACUGAAGAUGGUGUUAUAGUUUAUGUUGACUGGAUACCACAUAAAGAUCAAGACACUGGGAAAAUGCAAACACCCAAACCAGAAUUUUGUUCCUCACGACAUGAUGGUCCAAUUAGUUACCUUUGUCGUUCACCGUUUGAUUCCUCCCUAGUCUUGGCUAUCGGUGGAUGGAUAUGGACAAUGUGGAAGGAAGGAGUUACCAGUGGGCCGAUCAUAGAAUCUGGUCGUGCAAAUAAACCAUUAACAGGUGGCAGUUGGUCUCCUACACGUCCAUCAGUAUUUUAUACAUGUCGUGUUGAUGGUAGUAUAGAAGUUUGGGAUUUACUUGAUAAAACUUAUGAACCAACAAUGAUUCAGUCAGUAUCUGCUAAUCCACUAACUGCUUUAUCUAUACGGGAUUCACCUAAACGUCAAUUUAUAGCAACUGGUGAUAUUCAAGGUGUACUACAAUUAUUUAUUGUACCUAGACGUUUACAAACUCCUUUACCAUCAGAAUUAAAAAAAUUCAAUGAAUGCAUUGAACGUGAAGUGAAAAGAAAAGAAUUUGUUUCGAUGCGUUGGAAUUUAAGAGAGCAAGAGAAAAUUGAACAAGAAGCGGAAAACAAAAGAAGGGCUGGUUUAGCACCAGCUGUUAUGUUGAGCGACGAAGAAAUCAUUCAGAAAGAAAAAUUCGAAUAUGAAAAGUAUUUAUCAGAAGAACAUACUUUCUUAAGAUCAUUAGGACUAGUUGAAGAGGAUGAUUAA